GUGGAAGAUGGUCCGAAAGUGGUCACUUUAAAAUCCAGUGUUUCCAGGACAGGGGGAAGGGGGGUACGUGCGAGAGAGUCGGCGAAGAGAGGGGCUUUAAAAAAAGAAAGGACGGACGGAAAUCAGCGCGAGUUCCAUGAGAAGACUGCGGCGGUGAAGACAUCACGAUGUGGGAACAGGAGGAAUUCGCCAAACACUGGAGGAAUGAAUUCCCCGACGGAGAGGUGCCGCAGAUGGACCUGAACUCGGUGGAGGACAUCGAGUCGGAGCUGGAGGCGAGCAAAGCCAACCUGAAGCGGCUGCAGAAGGCGCUGGCGGAGGAGAAAUUCAAGGUGAUCUACCUGCAGACCACCAUGACGCGCCAGAAGAGGAGCGACCCGGAUGAGAACUUCAACGCGGAGACCUUCGGGUUCUCCCAAAAGCCGCAGCGGCGGGACGACCGCGGCUCCAAGGUGUCCGACUCCGGGGGCGUGAAGCCCCCGCACAGCGCGGGGGGCGCGCCGGGGCUCGGCAGCUCCUUCGGCCGGGAGAGGAGCAGGUUCAGCGGCAGGACAGGUAAGCCCGUGCCCAUCCCCGUCCCGCCUCAGAAGCCCAGCUCCCGGAGAGAGGUCCACGUCCCGGUCCCAGUCCCGGUCCCGGUCCCGCCGGUCCUCUUGCGCAACGACAACGAGGAGAGCAGCGACCGGGAGUACGAGGACCCGGAGCUCAACGAGAAUUUCGUCCGGAAUAACUUGUUGGUACCGAGGACGGUGGGCAGGGACGGCCAGAGGACGUCCGCCAGCCACCGGGACAACAGGAGGCCUUUCCGCAACAGCAGGGACCUGGACUCCGGGGACGACGGCAGGCUGUCCCCGUCCUUCCCGCUGGUCCAGCGCAGAGCGUCGCGGGGCUCCGGGUGCAGCACCCCGGACCGGAGGAGCGACGGAUACCUGAGUUCCGACCACGACGACUCCUCCUCUGCAGACUUCAACUAUAACACAGAUGGCUACGAGGGGGACGGCGCAGAAGACGGCAAGUCUCAGGACGGCUCGGAGACGCUGCCCUAUAUAGACGAAUCGCCCACCAUGUCGCCCCAGCUGGGCGUGCCCCAGGGGCCCGACGGAGAGGCCGUGUCCCCCACUCCACCGGAGGGGCUGCCUCCUGGGGGAGACUUGGAGAAAGGGCUGGAGAUGAAGAAGCUGGUGCUGUCCGGCUUCCUGGCCAGUGAGGAGAUCUACAUCAACCAGCUGGAGGCCCUGCUGCUGCCCAUGCGUCCCCUGAAGGCCACGGCCACCACCUCCCAGCCCGUCCUCACCAUCCAGCAGAUCGAGACCAUCUUCUACAAAAUCCAGGACAUCUUCGAGAUCCACAAGGAGUUCUACGACGACCUCUUACCCAACAUCCAGCAGUGGGACGAGAGGGUUACCGUCGGGCAUCUGUUCCAGAAGCUGGCCAGCCAGCUGGGAGUCUACAAGGCCUUUGUGGACAACUACAAGGUGGCGCUGGAGACGGCGGAGAAAUGCAGCCAAGCCAACAGUCAGUUUCAGAAGAUUUCUGAGAACCUCAAAGUAAAAGGUCCUAAAGACUCUAAAGAUUGUACCACGACUAUUACAAUGGAGGCUCUUCUCUACAAGCCGAUCGACCGCGUUACAAGAAGCACUCUGGUCCUUCAUGACUUACUGAAACACACUCCUAAAGACCACCCGGACUUCCCGCUCCUGCAGGACGCCCUGCGGAUAUCCCAGAACUUCCUCUCCUCCAUCAACGAGGAGAUCGACCCUCGCAGGACCGCCGUCACUACACCUAAAGGAGAGGCCCGUCAGCUGGUGAAGGAUGGCUUUCUGGUGGAGGUGUCAGAGAGCUCCAGGAAGCUUCGACACGUCUUCCUCUUCACCGAUCUGCUGCUCUGUGCCAAGAUGAAGAAGACGGCCGUGGGGCGCCAUCAGCAGUACGAGUGCAAGUGGUACAUCCCCCUGGCCGACCUGACCUUCCAGACCCUGGACGACUCCGACUCCUGCCCCAGCAUCCAAGUGCUGCCCGAGCACGAGAUCGAGGAGAUGAAGAGCAAGAUCUCGGCCUUGAAGAGCGACAUCCAGAAAGAAAAGAAAGCGCCGAAGGGUCAGAGCCGCGUGGAGCGUCUGAGGAAGAAGAUGAACGAGCAGGAGUCGUGGCUGCUCCUGCACUCGCCCACCAUCCCUUUCCGCAUCCACAACAAACACGGAAAGAGCUACCUGUUCCUCCUGUCCUCCGACUAUGAGCGGUCAGAGUGGAAGGAAAGCAUCCAGAAACUACAGAAAAAAGAUCUCCAGGCGUGCGUGUUGAGCUCGGUGGAGCUCCAGGUCCUCACCAGCUCCUGUUUCAAACUCCGAACCGUCCACAACAUCCCCGUCACCAGUAACAAAGACGAUGAGGAGACUCCUGGGCUGUACGGAUUUCUGCAUGUGAUCGUCCACUCUGCCAAGGGAUUCAAGGAGUCAGCCAAUUUAUACUGCACUCUGGAAGUGGACUCCUUCGGGUACUUUGUCAGCAAGGCCAAGACCCGAGUCUUCAGGGACACCGCAGAGCCUCAGUGGAACGAAGAGUUCGAGAUCGAGCUGGAGGGCUCCCAGUAUCUGCGCAUCCUAUGCUACGAGAAGUGUUACGACAAAAGCAUGCUCAACAAGGACGACAACGAGAUCGUGGACAAGAUCAUGGGCAAAGGGCAGGUCCAGCUGGACCCACAGACGGUGCAGUCCAAGAACUGGCACAUGGAUGUCAUAGAGAUGAACGGGAUCAAAGUGGAGUUCUCCAUGAAGUUCACGAGUCGGGACCUCAGCUUGAAGAGAACGCCCUCCAAAAAGCAGAGCGGGGUGUUUGGGGUCAAAAUUAACGUGGUUACAAAGCGCGAGCGCUCCAAGGUGCCUUACAUAGUCCGCCAGUGCAUUGAGGAGGUGGAGAAGAGGGGGAUCGACGAAGUCGGAAUCUACAGGAUCUCAGGGGUGGCCACGGACAUCCAGGCCCUCAAACUAGCAUUUGACACCAAUACCAAAGACAUCCUGGUGAUGCUGAGCGACAUGGACAUCAACGCCAUCGCCGGAACGUUGAAGCUUUACUUCAGGGAGCUGCCGGAGCCUCUGCUCACCGACCGCCUCUACCCCGCCUUCAUGGAGGGCAUAGCUCUCGCUGACCCAGCAGCCAAGGAGAACUGCAUGAUGCACCUCCUGCGCUCUCUGCCAGACCCCAACCUCAUGACCUUCCUCACUCUGCUGGAACACCUUAAAAGGGUUGCCGAGAAGGAGCCCAUCAACAAGAUGUCCCUCCACAACCUGGCCACGGUGUUCGGCCCCACCCUGCUCAGGCCCUCCGAGUCAGAGAGCACCAAGGGACAGCACAUCACGUCCGCCUCCGACAUCUGGUCACACGACGUCAUGGCACAGGUCCAGGUGCUGCUUUACUACCUGCAACAUCCUCCCAUCACCUUCGCCGAGCUCAAGCGCAACACGCUGUACUUCUCCACUGACGUUUAACCCCCACCGCCACUGCCACCGCCACCACCUCCCUCAGGGCUUCAUCUGGAGAUGAGAGAGAGAGAGAGAGAGAGAGAGAGACUCCGUACAAACCUCGUUCCCCGACACUCACCUUCCCUCGGCCCUCCUGCAGGCAGCUCUUCUCCACUGUACAGCCCCCCCCCCCUCCCCUGCACCCCCCGCCCGGCCCCACCCCGUGGAGAGAUGGAGCGCGCCGCGGAGGAGUCGUCCCGGUCAUCUGCUUGUCAUGCGUCUUGUUUGUAGAAGUGAAGGAAGCGGGACGAGGCGGCGCUCCGGGACCCUCGCCGGGCACCGUGGGUGAGGAGGGGUCUGGAGGCCACGCCCCGCCGCGGCGCCGCAGGAUCCUGCGUCGUGCAGCGAGUCCUGGACCACUGCUCUCAGAAACUCAAACUGUUUUUCAGUUUUUUUUUUUUUUUCUUUUCUGUUCAGAGGCAUUCCAGAAAAAAGGCAUUUACAUGUUUUCUAAAAAAAAAAUGGAAAAAAACCUUCCUCAGCUGUUUUUGUUUUGCUUUUUUCUGUCUUUCUGGCUUUGUAUACUUGUUGGAGGAGGCCGGGGUGUGUGAGUGACGACUGGAUGUACUUUACUGAGCGUGUGUGUGUGUGUGCGUGUGUGUGUGUGUGUGUGUGUGUGUGUGUGUGUGUGUGUGUGGGACUGUGAUGACUUUGGAAGUGUCUGGGACGUCAUCCCAGUGAAAGGCCGGGAUCGUUUCUCUCUGUGCUGACCAACAGGAGAGAGAGCCGCCCUCUCUCACGAGUCUUGGCCAAAUUAGCCCUAUUUAUUUGAAAUAUAUAUAAUAUGUGUGCCUGUACAGUUCCGUGCAACUAGAGAAAGGCUCUGAGGAGUCAGGUUUUUUGAAGUUUAUUCAGGUAGUGAUGUUUUUUGUUUGUUUUUUUAAGUAAGAUUUUCUGAUUCACCACGUUGUUGGUUGGUAAGCUGUACUGAAAAGAUCACCGGGGAAACGUCUGCCAAUGAAUUUCUGAUCACGCUGUAGAGGUGAACGUGCACUCUGUGACAUGAGGGUUGUAGGGGGAGAACUAAAAAUAAAAAAGAAAGAAAAAUAACACAAUGAAUGGAACAUUUAGCUCUUUAUUUUCUCCUCUUUUUGUUCUUGUUGUUGCAUUUCAAGCCUGUUCCAAGUGUCUUACUGCACCGGUAUAAUCUGUAGGAUGAUUUGUGUAGUUGCCCUCAUUGCAUGUUCAGCUUGUCAAUCAAACCAGGCUGGGUAACACAAAGGUCGGACUCACUAAGACUGGCGACGAAAAAUAAA